AUGGAAGGAGUGUGCCUCUUUCAGACGAGGCAACUAGUUGAACGGACGGGUGUCAAAGAGUGUAACGUGGUAGCAAAAUGUAUGAGAGUCACCCCAAGCCUUUCACACGCAGUCAACUCGUGUGCCCAUGCGGGUGGCCAGAGGGUGAACGUCACCGGCUUCUACCGGCCGAACGCGACGUCGACGCCGAAAUGCUGGGUGCCGGUGACAUCGCAGAAGUACUACGUCAUUUUCGGAGAACUGAGCGACGAAGGCAUCACGGCCAAAGACGACGCGACGAUGGGAGCAACUGCAGAUUGGACGGAACUGAACGAAGCAAGAGUCUGGAAGGGCGUAGGUGAGUUGGAAAAACAGACAUCUUUGCAAUUUAAAACUACAGUAGACUGAGUUAUGGAUGGAGCUCUUGGGAGGAGGUUAACUUAACUGACUGAUAUCACGACAAAGGAAAAAUGAAUGAAAUAUGAAAAAUCUAACUCUUUAUUAAAAUGGCAAUACACUGUUUAUUGUAGUCAG